AUGGUGAAGCCCGACGACAAGGUGGUGGCCCUCAUUGCCCAGCACAUCUUUCCGUGGGCGGAAGCGGAACUGGCCAAGGUGAGCAUUUCGGACGGCAAAAACGCCAACAACCCGCCGACCAUUUCCACGACGACAUUCUACCGACGGCUGAUUGUGUUUGUGUUUGUGUUCGACUCGCAGGCGGUAAGCGCGCGAGUUGACGCCGAAUAUCAGGUCGACCAGCUCACCAUGAUGCUGCACCGCCAGAGGGAGGAUGCCGCGAUCGAGAAGCUUGAAAUGCAGAAGAAUUUGGAGGAGAAGGACGCGGAGAUCGCGAAGUUGAUGCAGGCUCUCAAGCUGGCCGAGGCACGGCCGACGCCGACUGCGCCGGCACGGUCAAGGCCGAUGACCGCCGCCGAGAAGGCAGCGUCCGUCAAGAUCGAGAAGGAACAGAACGAUGACCUGACGUACGAGGUCAACGUCGUGCAUCCCUGGCGCACAUCCAAGACGGUCGAGGCUGCAUGGCGCUGGUGGAACAACCCGUCCAACUUUGACUCGCGUCCGUUGCGCGAACGUUACGACGAGCACAGAUUCCUCGUCAGACACACGCGCAUGAUCUGCAAGGUCGAAAAGGGCGACAAACCCGCCGCGUCGGCGAAGUCGGCGAAGAGCUCUCGUCCCACGACCGAGGUGGGUGAGACGGGGAAAAACGAUGCGCUGCAGCACUGCGCUCGCCGGAUGAGGCGGAUCAUGGAAGCGGUGCACGACUUGCGGCGGAGCGACGACGCCGUUGACACCGCCGCCGUCAUCAAGCUACUCGACCACCUGGGGCGAACGGGGCUUUCCACUUUCAGCGACGCGCUCUUGGUCCUCCGUGCAACCCCGCCCAUCAAGGUCCCCACCACAGCCGACGGAAAGUCGGUCGGCAUCAAGGGUGUGGACAAGCCGCUGGCGAGGAAGCUCGCCGUUGCGUGGGGCGUGGUCACGGCGGGCUACAUGGACGCUGACUGGGGAAAGAGGCUCUUUGGCGACUUGUGGGAUGAGCAGGCCAAUAGGGCCGGCUUGGAGGCCGAGGCGACGGCGGGAGCCAUCGGCGCAGGGAAGCGCAAGAGGGCGGGCUGA